UUUUUGUGCUCAAAAAUUGCAUUUGUUAUCUUGUGAUCGAGAAAUCUGUCUCGUUGUGACGUUAUCUCGUGAAAGUAGAUGUGUUAUCAUGGCAAAACGGGCAAACAAAAGUAAGGUAGGCCCUUUGUGGCCUCCGUACAAUCUGCAACUAUUGAAGAAACAAAUUAAUUCAAGAGAAAAACAAUGUUACUUUGAUUGGUUUAACAAGAACAAAAGCUGGAGUAAUAUUUGGUCUCAGAGUUAGCCCUCGAGGAUGGGAUUCUUGUUUUUUUUUUGUUUGUUUUAUGUAAAAAUGUGAUUGGGAAAAAAGCACUAUAUUUUCUGUAUGUUUUCUUUGUACCACCAGGGUUAUUUUUCAGUAAUAAAAGAACUAUUUUGGCGUCUGUCCGCAGUGGAUUUUUUUCUAACUCUUUGUGUGUCCCUCCCCCGUUGUGAUCUUCGGACCCUCGGUGAAGGCAGAGCCGGGAGUUCGGAGGCGGAGACGACCGCUCCUCUCCUGGAUUCUCCCGCGGACUCCACUCCCGGUUUUCCGGGCGUCCAUCGGCUCUUCGCAGCCUCUAGCUGGUUUUUACUCAACUCUGUCCUGAUAUCACUCCGCUCGCAUGGUGGGGAAGCGGACCUGAUUAUUGUGAUGGUGGCAGGAGGCAGUGACUACAGACUUCCGCCACUGCUUCUCGCCCCCUUGUUUUGUGCCAUCGGGGCUUUUCAGUAGUCGCCUCUGGGCCGGACAACCGCGGGCGCUUGUUUUUGUUUUGGUGGAGGGAAAAAAGAAAACAAAAACAAACAAACAAAAAAAAACUCCGCAACAUCUUCGCCGGCGCUGAUUUCAAGGCUAAACCGAGUGAGAUGCAAGUUCACUGGGAAACUCCGGAGCCUGUUCGGUUGCGGCAGCAAAACUUUUUCUCAGCGGAGCAGCCGUGAAGGAAGCGGGGAGCGGGCUGCUCCUCUGCGGGACGGCUGGUGGGGCUCAGCGGCUGACAGUCCGCGGACGUUUGCUCGCUUUUUUCCCGUGGAGUUGUUGUUGUUGUUCGCAGCGUGGCAGCCGCUCGUGGUGUUUGGGUCAGCCCGGCGGUUUUUAUUUGAUUUCCAACACAAGAGGAGGAGGAAGAAGAAGAAAAAGAAGCUCAGCGGACCAUUCAAACCUGCCCGGCGGUUCUCUGCUCCUUCCUCCCCGUGCCUUCCGUGUGGGUUGGCCGGCUGCGCGGGGACCUUUCGCCGCGGAGAGGUGGCCGGAGGAGGCGGCGGCGGCGUGCUUAAUAACUGGGAGAAAAGUUCCUCCAAAAUAGCAGCCACUCGGCGCGGUGAUGGGGGACUUCGCCUCCCCCGCUGCCGGACCCAACGGUGGUCUCUGCAUCAACAGCGGCAUGAACCCGGGCAGCGGGAGCGUGGUGGGCGCCGGGGCGGUGGGCAUACCUAAGCACAGCACGGUGGUGGAGCGGCUGCGGCAGCGGAUCGAGGGCUGCCGGAGGCACCACGUCAGCUGCGAGAACCGGUACCAGCAGGCGCACGCCGAGCAGCUGGAGAUCGAGCGGAGGGAGACGGUCAGCCUGUUCCAGCGGACUCUGGAGCAGAGAGCCAAGAAGUCCGGCGGCGGCGGCGGCGGCGGCGGAAGCAAGCCCAGCAAACAGCCGGAGCCGGACUCCGCGACCUCCACGGAGCAGAGGAAUAACACGCUGAUCGCGCUCCAGGAGACCGUCAAGAGGAAGCUGGACAGUGCACGAUCACCCCUGAACGGAGAGCAGAACGGCAUCUGCGACGGAGGCAGCUACUCACCGACCAGCAAGCGGGUACGGAAGGACGGCUCUGGAGGUUUGGAUUCCCUGACGGGCCUCCCAAACAGCAACAACAAUGUGCCACCCAUCUCUCCUCUCCAUCAUCAAAUGGACAUAAAGCCCCUAAUCAGCGGGCCCAACACUUCAACUGGAAACAGCAGUACGAACACCAACGGCACCCAUUCGGGCCGGGCAUCAGACGAGCUGGGAAAGAACGGCAUCAGCCAUCUGUCAGACAGGAAGCUGAACGGCUCCUUGGACUUGGAGGACAGUUUUGGCCUCCUAAAAGAUCUAAAGCAGGAGCCGCUAGAUGAUGGAGGAGGAAUGGAGUCCUCUGACCCCCAGUCUCUGUCCAAUCAGAAUAAACUGUUCUCUGAUAUAAACCUCAAUGACCAGGAGUGGCAGGAGCUGAUCGAUGAGCUGGCCAACACCGUUCCGGAGGACGACAUGCACGACCUCUUUAACGAGGACUUUGAGGACAAGAAGGAGGCCGAUUUUGGCAGACCCACAAACAAUCCAACACCGGGUCCACAGGAACCAACUGGGAAUUCAACGGCACCUGGAGGCUCAGCGUCGACAGCCGGACUCCCACCUCCCCCUCAGCCUCCACAGGGAGUUUCACAGGUUCCCAUUGGUUCACCACAGGUGAGACCAUCAUCAUCCGGUCCUCAGUUUGCAACCACUGCCAAUGGAACACCUCCUCAGCAACCUCUGCAGCAGUCACCAGCGGUUGCUAUGGUUUCCGGCUCGCCAUUGCACAACUGCGUUGCUCGUUCUCCUCAGACACCAACUCAGGCUCAGACACAAGCAGUGUCGAGGCCUGGGAAUGGAUUCAUGAUGAACCCAGGGCAGGGCGUCAAUCAAGCAGGCACUGGUCCUGGAGCAGCUAGUGUUGCCCCCGGAGGUCAGCCUGUGGGGCCAGUGACACCUGAACUUUCUCCAGCAGAGCAGCUAAAGGCAAUGGCCCAGCAAUGUGCUAAACGGCUACAUCAGAAGCAGCAGCAAGCAGCCAACUGGUCUCCCGCAGGUGCUCCAACGAGUCCUUAUAACUCUGGUCCCUUUAAUCAAGACAAACCUAACAGCCCCAUGAUGUAUGCACCGCAAGCCUUUAACACACCACAGGGCCCUCUAGUGUCUGGAAUGGCUCCCAACAAUGGGCCAAAAGCACCCAUGAACAACUACCUCCCUCACAACCACAUGGGUAUGAUGGGUCAACAACAGCCUAACAGCAUAAACCAGAAUGCCCUGUCCAAGCAGCAGCAGCAGCAGCAGCAAACGGCAGCCAUGUUGUCGUACAACAACACCAAACCACUGACACAUUUCACUGGCAGUGGGGUGGAUCACAUGGGUCAGAGGAUGACUCCCCCCAUGGGGGGUAACAGUCAAGUCAAGAACCCUAUGAUGACACCUUACAUGAGUGGCGCAGGAGGUGGCGGGCAAGGCGCAGGGCCAUGCCCGACACAGGGGCCAAUCCCAGGUCAGACAGCCCACCCCAGUGAGGACCACAAGAGGAUUAUGAUGAUGAAACAAAAACCAAUGAACCAGACCAUACCCUACAGCUCCAUGCAGCACGCUCAGGACCAAAGUAUGGGAGGAAUGUCACGACCGCCCGGUGCCAUCCCACCUCCCCACCCUGCAGGGGGUGUCGCCACUGGUGUGGGACCCAACCAGGGGUCAGGACCGCCCCCUGGCUACCUGGCCAACCAGCAGCAGGCAGCUAUGAUGAAGAAGAUGGCCAUGGAGCAGGGGAAGAGGGCGCAGAUGCAGAUGAUGGAGCAGCAUAGGAAGCAGCAGCUGCUGGCCGAGCAGCUUCAGCAACAACAUCAUCUCCCCAGACAGAUGGGCCAAGGCCAGAGGAAUUCCUACCCCCAAGUCAAUCAGUACCAAGGGCCUGCCCAAGAUCUGGCAUCCAGGAACCAACCCCUCCAGAGCAUUCGGGCUGCACACCUCCUACAGCAGCAGCGACAGCAGCAGCAAAUGGUCCAGAUGAGUUCUGUUCAGGGCCCGGGGGGCUCCGUUGGACCUCAGUCUGAAAUGGGACUACCUUAUGGCACCCAGGGAUCUAACCAGAGUUCCCUGUAUGGGCUCAACCCGUCCAUGAGCCAAAUGAUACACCAGCAGCAGCAGCAUCAGAGCCAAAGCGUCCAAGCCUCUAUGGGUCUUCCACAGCACAAUCCUGUGGGGCCUCCUCGGCAGGCAGGUGCAGGUCCUGGGGUGGGAGGCAUGCCUGGAGGCCCCGGGGGUGGUGCUCCUGGAUAUGGAGGGCCAGGCAUGUUAAUAAACUCUAUGACGCAGCAGCCCCUUAAAGGCCCUCCUAAUGCCAAAGCUCAAGCUCAAAGACUGCAAAGCAUGCUGGGUGGUGGAGGGAUUGCGGGCGGUGGCUGGUCGCAACAGCAAGGACAGAGUCUUCAGGCCAUGGGGGGAGCAGUAGGAAGGACUACAGGGGGAGGAGGCGGAGACGUGGUGGGAUUCAGUUCUGCCCAGGGUUAUGGAAUGCAGCCUAAUCAACCCCCUCGCAUGGCCAAGCAACACUUUCCGGGCCCCGGACAGGCACUGAGCCAGGGCAUGGACCCCAGGGUGGGAAACCCAGCUGCGGGGAUGGGGGGACCAAUGAUGGGCCCUCACAUGGGUGGACAGCCCAGGACCAACCAGCCCCGACCUAUGGUCAUGAACCAAGGAAUGAACCAAGGAAUGAUGGGGCAGGGAAUGGCUUCAAUGGGGGGGUUUGGGCCGGGUCCUGGAGGGCCAGGAAUGGGGGCGGGGGGGGGAGGCGGCGGACCUUACGGACCCGUAGGAGUUGGGGUUGGAGGUCAGUCACAGGGCUACCAGAGGACUGCCAACCAGGACAUGUCAUCGUAUGGAUACGGGGGCGGGUCCUCAGACGGGGUAGCGUUUGGUUUGGGGGACGGCUCGGGGGUGGAGCUAGACUCCAGCGACGGUUGGAUGGAACAGUUGUUCCCGAAUCAAUAGCCAAUGAGAACAGUUUUAGCAGAAAGACUGGACACACGUUUAAAGAGAAAAUGACCGUAUGGACAGACAUGGUUUCGAUUUGUUCUCCCAGAGGAAGAUUCUGAACUGGUUGUGUUGUUUUGUGUGUUUGUAUGUGUGUGUGUGUGAGAGAGGAAAAAGCUGUCAAUGUCUUGUGUGUAAUAAUGAAAACCCAAUAUAGAGAUUAAUAGGUGUAUUUCAUUGCUAUCCCCCCCCCGAUUGAAAUGAAUUUCCUCCUGCAGCAGAGUUUGAAACGGAGCCCCACUUAGAGCGCAGAGCGUCGAGGCGGAUUGAAAAGUGCCGACUGGUGACGGGGGAGGCAAGCUCGUUCCCAAGACAGCAAUUCAUUUGUGUUUGUGCCACCCAGCUCAGCGCUCCACACCUCUCAACUAUGUGAGGAGCUGAGGGGAGUAGACAGCACCGCCACUGCUCCCAUUUCCUCUCAGAUUUGUGCCCCUCCAUAUAACCCCCCCCCCAACACUCCUCACUUUCUAAUUCUCUUUCCCAUCCUCCCUCUAGAGACUCAUCCACCACUUUCGACGCUCUUUUUCGGUUCAAAUUGUGCACAUCACAGCAGAACAAAUAAUUUCCUCUCUUGUGCAACAUAAGUGCACUCUGUCCGCCGAUGCUUUUGCUUGAAAACAGGACCCGGGUGGCAUUUGGUGGAGGGGCAGGGGGUUAUUUUCCCUGCAUUGUGUCUCUUUGGAUGAUGAGUGUGCAUCUGGAGGGACACAAAAGAUGUAAAAAGCAAAAAAAAAAAGGUUUGAGUGUGUGUGGAGGGAGGGGCAGCUAAAACCAGUGCUUUGAUUGAAAAGGCAUAACCAAGCAUGUGGAAGACAACAAAACAACAAACAAGCAUCAACCUGGGAGAAUGUGCGGAUGUUUGAGUGGCAGCUAGGAGAGCUAACGUCACGUCUGUGGGACGCAAGCCACGUCGCAAAACGAUUGCUGCGCACCGAAUGUAUUCAAGCACCACAAGUGGCUUCUUCUUUUAAAGAAAACAAGGUUUUUGUUGGUUGCUGUUGUUACUCUACAGUAAUGCUGAUUGUUUGUUUUUUUUGUCGGAGUAAAUAGUAAAAAAAAAAAAAAAAAAAGUCAGGUCGUGUCUUUUGAGAAUUUGUUUGUCCUUCCAUCACAGCGCAGUCUUUCUUUGCAUCGUAGCUCCUCCUGUUGCAGCUGAGAAGGGCUUUACUGAAAGACUUGACCCCCAUCCAGAACUUAAGGGCCGAUUUAUACUUCAUAGCCCUUUGCAAACGCGCGGCUAGCAAGGCUAUCGGAAGGGAUUCGCCCCAAUCGCUGCAAACUGGAGAUGGAUAUUAUUUCCUUCUGACUCAGUUCCAAAAACAUUAAAGAAACACAACAUUUUCCCUGCAUAUUUACUUUCUAAGACAACUAUGACUAUAUUCCAUUAAGAUGUGGAGCAGGUGGCAAAUCUUUUCAAAUUCAACUUUUUGUAAAAAUAUAUACGGUAAUUUGGCAUGUCGAUGCUUUUAGAAAACUGAUGUACCACCUACCUUGUCUUGUCUGCUCCAUUAAUUAACCACAAACGUAUUUAUAUAGAUGUAAGCAUCUCAAGAAAAACUUUGCAUAAAAAGCAGAAUCUGAAAGAUCCAUAAAUAUCACUAUUUAAUGUACAUCAUCAGGCUUGGAAAGUAUAAACUGUGCUCAGAAGUUUUAGGCAAUUGUCGCAGACAGUCGCAAGCGAAACCGGCCGACCUUAGUAUGAACCAGACCGCACAAUUGCGGUAGGGACGCAAUGCGUUUAAUGCAAUAGCCAUGAAGUAUAAACUGGCCUUUAGAAGGAAAAAAAUGAACUGCUAAGCUUGGAGUUUCAUGAGAAAGCCCAGCUGAUUAGGCCUAAAUAAUCAGUUUCCCCUGAAGUGGGCUCCUCUGCCUGAACAAACCUGUGGGCUUUCAUUCACCCUGUGGGAGCUGUCCACUCCUUUGCCCUCAUGUCUGAGUAACGCAUGUGUCAAAUAGGUUUAAGCACAAUUGUACUUGUGGACAUAUUUCCAUCUCUGUCUUGUAAUCUCGAGUAAAAGAAGUGUGACGGCGUGUCUGUAAUUGUUUUUGCAUUUCAGCUCUUUUUCCAGGAUGUAAUCAACAAAACCAAAAGGCCUUCUUCUCUGUAAACUAGCUCUUUGCACCAUCUGUUUUCAUGCUUGUUGAUGUCGUCGUAAUCCAACCCUUUAAACUAGCUCUGAUCCCCGCAUCCGUCGUCCUGAGGCUCUGUGUUUGUCAGGUUGGGGUGGAGCAGACGUUCUCCGUCUCACUGUGAGAACUCUCAACGUUGAGGCCGGACCGUAGCCAGGUUUUUUUUUCUCUUUGAAGCGGGUAAACUGGACUAGUAAUCCAAAUCCAGUUUACCUGAAUGACCUCUCUGACUGUUGCAGAGUAAAGGAACUCGUCCCGUCACGCUUUGAUUCAGGCAGCCUCGCGUUCGUGUGGCUAACCCCCCCCAAAGUGUUAGUCCAUCCGUAAAAGUAUGGGAUUCCUUUCCUUCCUUCCUGGGACCAAGUCUGUAGACAGCAUUUCAACAGAAAAAAUAGUUGUUAUUGAUGUUCUUUGUUUAUUUUAGUUUAGUUUUUUCUUUUUUUUUUUUUACUGGUGCUGACAUACAUGUGAUUAUGAGGAAAAAGUAUAUAAAAGAUGGCUAUUUGUAAAUAUGUUUUUACAGGUUUAAAUACAUCAAAUAUUACAGUCUCUACUCUGUAAAGAAUUUACUGUUUGUUGAAAAAUAGAGAAGUAUUUUUAUUUGUAAGUUUUUCGUUUCACUUUUAACCCAUCUGAACUAUGCCAUUGCACUUCAGAAAAUGUCUUACUACUAAUUUGUAUUGUAAACCUCCUCUGUGUUUUAUGGGAUUUUUGUUUUGAAGUUUUUUGUUUGAGCUUUUGCUCGGUUCUCAAGCAGUGCUUCUUUGUUUUUGUUUUUCUGUACAGAAUAUGAAAUGUUAACAAAAGACAAUUACAAAAGGACUUUUUUGGUUGUUGUUUUUGAAAGGAUACAAUAAAGAGAGAAUGUUCUCGCUGAUCAUAUCAAAUGAAA